GAUCUCAGCGGGCGUGGCUUCCCCGUGCGCAGCCUCCUCGCGUGUCCGUCCGGCCCUAUCGAGCCUCCGGCGCUCGACUGCUGGUGUCUGGCGGAGACAGCAUGGCGGCGGGGGCGGCCGAGGCAGGCGAGGCAGCCGUGGCAGUGGUGGAAGUCGGCUCUGCCCAGCAGUUUGAAGAGCUACUGCGCCUCAAAACCAAGUCACUCCUUGUGGUUCAUUUCUGGGCACCAUGGGCUCCACAGUGUGUACAGAUGAACGAUGUCAUGGCAGAGUUAGCUAAAGAACACCCUCAUGUUUCAUUUGUGAAGCCUCCAGGCAUCUUUUGAAAUGUGCAACAAAAUAAAAACCUCUGAACCUGUUUUGACACUGCAGACUCCGUGGAUGACAUGCCAGCCCACUGGAAGCCGAAGCUGUUCCUGAAGUAUCUGAAAAAUAUGAAAUUAGCUCUGUCCCCACCUUCCUGUUCUUCAAGAAUUCUCAGAAAGUCGACCGGUUAGAUGGUGCACAUGCCCCAGAGUUGACCAAAAAAGUCCAGCGACACGUGUCUAGCGGAGCCUUUCCUCCUAGUACUAAUGAACAUCUUAAAGAAGACCUCAGCCUUCGCCUGAAAAAGCUGACUCACGCUGCCCCCUGCAUGCUGUUCAUGAAGGGAACACCUCAAGAACCACGCUGUGGUUUCAGCAAGCAGAUGGUGGAAAUCCUUCACAAACACAAUAUUCAGUUCAGCAGCUUUGAUAUCUUCUCAGAUGAAGAAGUUCGACAGGGGCUCAAAACGUACUCUAAUUGGCCCACCUAUCCUCAGCUCUAUGUUUCUGGAGAGCUAAUAGGAGGACUUGACAUAAUUAAGGAGCUGGAAGCAUCAGAAGAGCUGGACACGAUCUGUCCCAAAGCACCCAAGUUAGAGGAAAGGCUCAAAGUGCUGACCAAUAAAGCUUCCGUGAUGCUCUUUAUGAAAGGAAACAAACAGGAAGCAAAAUGUGGAUUCAGCAAACAAAUUCUGGAAAUACUGAAUAGUACUGGGGUUGAAUAUGAAACUUUUGAUAUACUGGAAGAUGAAGAAGUGCGUCAGGGAUUAAAAACGUUCUCAAAUUGGCCAACCUACCCUCAGCUGUAUGUGAGAGGGGAUCUUGUUGGAGGAUUGGAUAUUGUCAAGGAACUGAAAGACAACGGUGAAUUGCUGCCUAUACUGAAAGGAGAAAAUUAGUGAACAUAAGCAUGGUGUCCAAGGACUGCAAGAAGUAACUAAUUACCUUGGAACAGUUGAUGAUUUGGUCCUGAGAAGUGGACUAACAGUAGAGAUACAACACACUCAGCCAUGCUCGAUGCGCUUCAAAAGGUGUGCUGAAGAAACAUGCUACGUUCUCUACGAAGCAGAGAAGGCAAUAAACUCUUCAGACUCAGCUAAAAAUGAUUGCGUGUAGAAUGUCUCUGUAGUGAUGCUUGUGUGUAGCAUGUCUGUGUAAACUUAUAAUCGCUGUCACUAAUUCCUUUAAAUCCCUUUCUUAACACAUGGACCUCCUGUAGCACUUAGGGAAGGCCUCUUACAAGCAGUGUGCUUUAGUGCUCAGCUAACUCCUGUACCAGUCCAAUAGCUCCCCUCACUGGCCAGAGGACGCCUCACAGCCUGGAAAAUGCAACCCAAAAGUUUAUCCUGCAGAAAGCCAGAUGUUGUACCAAUAUCCAGAAGAGGGAGCAGUAGCGACCAAAGGGGAAGCACCCUUCAGUCUUCAUUGCAAUGAAUAUACUAAUUUUGCCUUCCAAUAGGCAGAGAAUAUUCUAAAAGUCAUGGAAAAUUUAAAUGUAGUUUUUCCACCCUGACUUGUUCCAGUAAGCUUUGCUGCACAAGCCUUUCUUAGGAUUUCUGACUUCACAGCUGUGGGAUCUGGGUAUUGGCUGCCUGUGGGAUGUUCUUAAAUGAUCAUGGCCUGCUGAUCUGGGCUGUGAGGCAUUGCGCAGUGAAAAGGAAAGCAGUGUUUGCCGGUAAGUGGGAUGAAAGCGGCCAAGGUCGGAGUGUGAAUCCAGCCUCUGUAGAACUCGGGGACUGCUGCUGCCUUGUAGCCUGGGUCCUGUUGCUUAAGGUGGAGGGAUCGAAACAGCACAAGCUUAGAGGUGGUUGGGGCCUGGCUUCCUAGGGUUAGGAUGCCUAUGAGGGCCUUUAGGGAAAACAAGACUCUUCAUUUCCACUGAGAGAAAACCAUUGAGUAGGUAAAACUUUUACAUUCGUGUAGAUGUAAAUAUCUCUUGAGUUCUUAUCAAGGCUUCCUGUGUGCCUCAUGGAGGUCUGACCAUAUUCGUUACUUCCCUGUUGCUGAGCUAAAACACUGGGACCAAGGCAGUUUCUAGAAGAAAGUUACUUAUUUGGUCUGGGAGAUAAACAUAGUAAGCCAUAGGAACAAGAGAGAGCACGAGAGAGAGAGAAAGAGAGAGAGAGAGAGAGAGAGAGAGAGAGAGAGAGGGAGGAGGGGGAGGGAAGGAGGAAGGGAGUGGAGAGGGAGGGGGAGGGGGGGAAGAAAAGCAUGCAUGAGAGAAAGUAUAUGGUCAAUGGCUUAAAUGGUGCAAGUUAAAACUCCAGUGACAUCCUCAAACAAGGCCACCUAAACCUCCCAAGCAGCAUCCUCAGCAGGAGGAAGUCUUCAGAACCCGGAGACUAUGGGGGGCAUUUUUUAUUCAGACCAUCUGUAGGAAGACUGGCUUUCUUUGGUCUCGCAAACGGAAAUUAUUUGUACAAGGCCUUUGCCAUUUUUAUUUUUAUUUUUUGUCUGCCAGUGCCUCCUGUCCUAUUCCAUUAUCCUCACCCCUUAUGCUUUGUGUUCCAGUUUCUUUUCUGUUGUGAGAGAACACCCUGACAGAAA